ACCGCAGCCCUAUAAAUGAGGUACUUGUAAACAGAGCUGGCAAUGGUUUCACAUCAGAUCCAAGAAUGUUGCUGAGAGUCGUGGAAUUCUGCUCACUGCUUCUCGCGUUCCAGGUAGUGCUGGCCGUGGUUUUGGCAGAUCAGCAGUCAAAGCAAUUAAGAGGUGUGAACAGGUCAGGAGCCGAAUACAGUUGUGUGAAAAACCUCGGUAUCUUUGAGGGACCUGUGGAUGAUAAUGCUAUCAAGACAAUGAAAAAAUGGAACAUCAAUGUAGUUAGAGUACCUCUGAACGAAGAUUGCUGGCUCGGUAUCAACGGUCAUACACCUUCCUUCAUCGGAAGCAAUUACCAAAAUGCUGUGAUCAAUUAUGUGAAAUUACUUCGUCAAAACGACAUGACAGUUAUCUUAGACCUGCACUGGACUGAUGGAAUAUACGGAGGACCCGGUCAAGGAGAUUGUUACGAUAAUGCUGCAAAAUGUCAGAAGCCUAUGCCAGAUAAAGAAAAUGCUCCUAAGUUUUGGAAAUCUGUAGCUUCACAGUUUAAAAAUGAUGAAGGUAUCAUAUUUGACUUGUUCAAUGAACCUUUCCCUGAUAUGGUAGUGAAUGACAAGUCCGCUGCCUGGAAAUGCUGGAGAGACGGAGGCAGUGCGUGUCCUGGAUUCCAGUUUGAAGUCGCUGGAAUGUCAGAUCUGCUAAAUGCAGUCAGAAGUACAGGAGCAACAAAUCUAGUAAUGGUCGGUGGUCUGACCUGGGCUAACGAUCUGUCGAGAUGGGAGGAAUUUGUCCCGUCGGACCCAGCCAACAACAUAGCAGCAUCGUGGCACAGUUAUAACUUCAAUGCGUGCAAUAACAAGAAUUGUUGGGAGUCACAGAUAGCCCCGAUUGCUACAAAGUAUCCUGUUAUUGUGGGAGAGAUCGGAGAACACGGAUGUACUCACAGCUACAUUGAUGGUUUGAUGGAAUGGUUGGACAGUAAAGGUAUCAGCUACCUCGGUUGGACUUGGAACACUUGGGAUUGUAGUUCAGGUCCUAGUCUGAUAUCGGAUUACAGUGGAACCCCGACCGAAUUCGGUAAAGGUUUAAAAAAUCGUCUAUGUAAAUCAACAUAACUACAUAGCAGCUUUAUCCUAUAACUUGUUUUAAAACCUUUCUUUCUAAUUUCUAUAAUUAUAUCAAUAUAAUGUUUUAUGUUUCUAAAAUGGUUUUACUAAUUAAUAGACUACAGAUGUUUGACUAAAAAUAAAGAUAUUUACUUUUUUAGUAUAA